GGUGGAUGAAUGAGUACUGUUUUGUGGAGGAUCGGAUGAUAGAUCUUUUUUAUUUUGCUUUAAGUGCAGUUUUAUAAUUUAUCGUACGUAUAUUUGACAUAUAUAUUUAUAUAUGUACAGAUAGCGGAUCAGGUUUUGCUGGAAAAAGAGAAUUUGUCACUGUUAUUGGACUGUAAAUCAGCAGAAACAUGGCUGGGAUCUUGUUUGAGGAUAUUUUUGAUGUGAAAGAUAUUGAUCCUGAUGGAAAGAAGUUCGACAGAGUGUCUCGUCUUCACUGUGAGAGCGAGUCGUUUAAAAUGGACCUGAUCCUGGACGUGAACACUCAGAUUUACCCCGUCGAUCUUGGAGAUAAGUUCAGACUGGUGAUUGCCAGCACGCUCUAUGAGGAUGGAACACCAGACGAUGGAGAGUACAACCCCACAGAUGACCGACCGUCCAGGGCGGAUCAGUUUGAUUACGUGAUGUACGGUAAAGUGUAUAAGAUCGAGGGAGACGAGACGUCGACAGAAGCCGCGACGCGACUCUCUGCGUACGUGUCGUACGGUGGUCUGCUGAUGAGACUUCAGGGUGACGCCAACAACCUGCACGGCUUUGAAGUGGAUUCCAGAGUUUACCUGCUCAUGAAGAAACUUGCUUUCUAACCCAGCUGUGUGUGCCUGUGCGCGUGUGUGUGUGUGUGUGUGUGUUGCGCUUCUGGAAGACUGGGGGAAAAGCCGACCGAAAAAGUGAUGAUUAUGUAAAUAAAACUCUUUUAUAUAUACA